AGAAAAAAGCUCUUCUUCUAAUUAAAACAAUAACCAAAGACGCUUAUUAUAUCAACAAUUUCCAUCUCUGGCAUCAAGAUUUUUAAAAGAACAAACACAAGUCUUGAUUGUCUUUGAGGAGAACACAAGCUAUGGAUUCUUUAAGAGGCCAAGGUGGGAUUCAGAUGCUUUUAACUGCUGAACAAGAAGCUGGUCGGAUCGUUUCAGCUGCUAGGACCGCAAAACUAGCAAGAAUGAAGCAAGCGAAGGACGAGGCUGAGAAGGAGAUGGAAGAGUAUCGGUCCCGACUAGAAGAAGAGUAUCAGACACAAAUUUCUGGGACAGAACAAGUAGCAGCAGCAAAACGUUUAGAAGAGGAGACAGAUGGAAGGAUUCAGAAUCUUAAGGAAUCUAGUUCAAAGGUCUCUAAGGAAAUUGUCAAGAUGCUCAUCAAGUAUGUUACCACUACUGGAGCAUGAUGCUCACUGUAUACACUCACCCCCAAGAAAGUGGCUCAAAUAAAAAACAAUAUGGCCCGUUCUAUUUUAUCACUCACAAUGUCUAAUAAAGUUUUUUUUUGUCCAACCGUCUAAUAAUAUACUUCUAAACAAGAACUA